GGAUCGAAUCCCAGAGCUGACAAGGUAAAAAUCUGUGAUUCUGUCCUUGAGCAAGGCAGUUAACCCACUGUUCCUGGGUGCCAAAGAUGUGGAUGUCAUUUAAGGCAGCCCCUCGCACCUCUCGGAUUAAGAGGGGUUGGGUUAAAUGCAGAAGACACAUUUCAGUUGAAGGAUUGAGGGAAAGAUGAAUGAAGCAAGGCACAGAGAGAUCCUUGAUGAAAACCUGCUCCAGAGCACUCAGGACCUCAGACUGGGUCGAAGGUUCACCUUCCAACAAGAUAAUGACCUUAAGCACACAGCCAAGACAAUGCAGGAGUAGCUUUGGGACAAGUCUCUGAGUGGCCCAGCCAGAGCCUGGACUUGAACCCGAUCGAGCAUCUCUGCAGAGACCUGAAAAUAGUUGUGCAGCGAGGAUCAAGCUUGACAGGAUCUGCAGAGGAGAAUGGGAGAUACUCCCCAAAUACAAGUGUGCCAAGUUUGUAGUUUUUUACCCAAGAAGACUCUAGUCUGUAAUCAUUGCUAAAAGUGCUUCAACAAAGUACAGAAUAAAGGGUCUGAAUACUUAUGUAAAUAUGCUAGCCUUUUAUAGUUAAUACAUUUGCAAAAACAAACAUAUAUAUUGUUUUGCUUUGUCAUUAUGGGAUAGUGUGUAGAUUGAUGAGGCGAAACAAACUAUUUCAUCCAUUUUAGAAUAAGACUUACGUAACAAAAUGUGAAAAAAGUCUGAAUACUUUCCGAAUGCACUGUAAGUCCCUUGUCUGUUCCACUUUGUUCUGAGUCUCUUCUGGCAGAGGCAUUGGGUUGUCCACAGGUGUGUCCUGUUUGUGGUCAACUGUGUGUUCUGCAGGUUCUACAUCAGCACUUUCAGUUUUUUGCUCGAUACGCCCAUGACGGUAUUUCAUAUCUGUAGAAUUCAUUGUCGUUGUCCCGUUCGAGUUCUUCCAUUUGUCCAUUACUUUUGUUUGUUCCUCUUUUCUUUGGCUUGGAGUUUUGCUGUGUUUAAACUUCAAUGGGCAAGUGGUCCUUUUCUUUUUUUCCACAUUAAAUCAAUUUGUCAAGUCUGAAUAGGGCCUAGGGAGAAUAUAAUUCUGUGGAAGUCUACCUUUAUUUUUCAGUGCUUUGUUUAGACAGAUUAGAAAUAGCAGGAGACAGAGAAGGAGUGAAAGUGGGACAGGCAGAAGCAGGAACUGAACCCCUGACUUCUGGGGCAGUAAGAUGGCCAAUUUCUUUGGAAUUUUACCUACUCAAUCAUACAGCCACGUAUCGUGUGAGGAACUUGGGCCCCCAUAGUGAUUCAAUCCAUCAGAACCACCAAGAGCUUGCCGCCUGGUCAAACUGAGCAAUCGGGGGAGAAGGGCCUUGGUCAGGGACGUGACCAAGAACCCGAUGGUCACUCUGAAGAAGCUCCAGAGUUCCUCUGCAGAGACAAUGCUCAGCAAGUAGACUGUUGUUUUCUCUUCACAGAGGUGUGAAUCUGAUGGUUGUGGUUGGUGCUCAUGACAUUUCAAGGCAGGAAAGCUCUGCUUGCAAGAUUGAUGUGAAAUAUUACCACAUACAUCCUGAUUACAACUCUGAGACAUUUCAGAACGACAUUAUGCUGUUGCAGGUUCAUGACAGUGGAAGAAUGCACACAUGUCAGAAUAGAAAUGACUUGAUUUGCAGAGUAACUGUUUUUAACCAAGUAUUACAGGGAGAUUCAGACGGUCCUCUGGUGUGUAAGGGGACAGCAGUGAGAGUUGUGUCCUUCAAUGAAAAAGGAAACUGUGACAAUCCCAAGGAGCCCAAAGUCUACACAAAAGUGGCCAAGUACCUCUCCUGGAUCAAGUGUAUCAUAAAGUAUUAAGGAACCAAAUGGAGACAUUUGUAAUUAAUAAAAUGUAAUUUAUCAAACAGAAAAGACCAUCAGUCCUAAAAUAAACUCAGUGCUGUGUGUUAGCGUGAGUGUGUGAGAAGUAUUUGAAUGUGCUUGUAAGAGAGAGUGUCUAUGCAUGCACGUGAGUGUGUCUUUUCCAUCUUUCACUUCAGACCAAGGGUAUGUGCAAUUAUAAUGAUGACUUAGCUCUUUAAGCCAACAAGUAUACAUCUUUGGAAAGAUAGCUCCUCUUACAUCUUCAGCUGUCUUCAUCAAACUCCACCACACGUGGAAACUUGUGGUCAAGACAACAAAGUAACUCUGGUUUCAUGAAGGCGACACAAUGCUUUGAAACCACACCACAGUUUCAGGUCUCAGACCAGAGGACAUGAUCUGUCUGUCUGUCUUCCAGUCUGCCUCUCCGCCUGCUUGCCUGUCUGUCACUCAGAGGGGAUGC